GCAGUGAUUGCACAUGUGGUGGCGUCAGGUGCGGGUUUUGUGGAGGAUCUAGAUGAGUCGUUUAAAGAAAACCGCAAAGAUGAUAUUUGGCUUGUAGAUUUUUAUGCACCUUGGUGUGGCCACUGUAAGAAACUAGAACCUGUGUGGAAUGAAGUGGGCCUAGAAAUGAGAAACGUGGGUUCUCCAGUAAAAGUUGGGAAGAUGGAUGCAACUUCCUUUUCUAGUAUUGCAUCUGAAUUUGGAGUGCGAGGCUAUCCAACAAUUAAGCUCUUGAAGGGUGACUUGGCAUACAACUACAGAGGACCUAGAACCAAAGAUGAUAUAAUUGAAUUUGCUAAUAGAGUGGCAGGACCUCUCAUCAGACCACUUCCUAGCCAGCAUAUGUUUGAGCAUGUGCAAAAGAGACAUCGUGUACUUUUUGUGUAUGUUGGUGGUGAAUCUCCUUUAAAGGAAAAAUACAUUGAGGUUGCUUCAGAACUAAUAGUUUAUACAUACUUUUUUUCUGCCUCAGAAGAUGUGCUGCCUGAGUAUGUGACAUUGCCUGAAUUGCCUGCCGUUAUGGUCUUCAAAGAUGGAACUUACUUUGUUUAUGAUGAGUAUGAAGAUGGUGAUUUGUCAUCCUGGAUAAACAGAGAAAGAUUUCAAGGUUACCUUCACGUAGAUGGCUUUACACUGUAUGAACUUGGAGAUACAGGAAAACUUGUGGCUAUUGCAGUCAUUGAUGAUAAAAACUCUUCAGUGGAACAUACCAGAUUAAAGUCUAUUAUUCAGGAAGUUGCCAGAGAUUAUCGGGAUCACUUUCACAGGGAUUUCCAGUUUGGCCAUAUGGAUGGAAAUGAUUAUAUUAAUAGUUUAUUGAUGGAUGACUUGACAAUCCCUACUAUUGUGGUAUUGAAUACCUCCAAUCAGCAGUAUUUUCUGCCAGAUAGGCACAUUGAGAGCACAGAAGACAUGGUUCAGUUUAUUAACAAUAUCCUGGAUGGUACCGCUGAAGCACAGGGUGGUGAUGGACUUUUGCAACGAAUCAAGAGAAUAGUCUAUGAUGCCAAGUCUACUAUAGUGUCUGUGUUCAAGAGUUCACCACUGCUGGGAUGCUUUCUCUUUGGGUUACCCUUGGGGGUCAUCAGCAUCAUGUGUUACGGAAUCUGCACAGCUGAUACAGAGGGAGAGGUCUUUGAGCAUGAGGGAGCUAAAAAGGAAAGUGGUGAUCGGGAGCUCACAGACGAAGGCAGUGAGGAAGAACAAGAGGAGGAAAAGAAUGGAAGAUACACAGAACUUUCAGAUGGAGAGCUUAAACAGAAGGACAUUAUGGAAAAGAAAAAAGACUAACUUGUUUAGCAAGAGAGUUCUCUAGAAUUUCCAAAUAGACUUAUUUAUUGGCGGUUGUCAUUUAUUGAUUAUCUUCAUGAAAGAGGACCGUUUUAUCUGCAUAAUGGUAGUUUUGACUUGCAUGUAUUCACAUUUUCUCAGAAAUUGACAGAAAAAAUGGAUGUUUGCAGCGAUAUCCUGGUCUUCUUCCUGGUACCAGGCUAGCUCAGUACCAGGAGGAAGCCCCAGAUUCCUGCAUAAACAAGGCAAAAGAUCAAGAAGAAGCCCUUUCCCCUCGGGAUAUGGAUAUGUUCUGAGGUUUAUUGUUGAACAAUUCCAGGGGAGCAAGAGGGAGAAUAAAGGAGGGGUGGGGAAUUUCAAACCUAGGGUGAGGGGAGGGAAAACCGAGCUGCUGCCAAUGGGGUUGCACUGGCAGGGAGGAGCUAAGGAAGGGCUGAACCCAUUUCACAGAACUUCAGGGGAGGACAGUACAAACCAUUUUUCUCAGUGUAUUGAUACUGUUUUAUAUUGCAGAGUCAUGAAAAUGCAAUGCAUUUUUUUUAAACAAAGUUAAAAGAAAUGUAUCGGGUUCAUUUUUAUUCAGAACAUGAAUUUGCCCACCACUUACAGUUUGCAGGAAAGUUAGACUGGUUUUGGUUUGUCGGCUCUAUGUGGUUGACUACUAAGGUAGAAGGGAUGAGACUAUUAACAGCUUUGAAAAUCAAGCAACAUAGGAUCCCAAACGCCAUUUAUUACAAGGAAAAGAGCAACAAAAAGUAACAAAAUUGUUUUAACUAUGGAAGUCCACCACCCUUUGAGUCCCCAGCCUUUGAACAGUUCACUGAACCAAUCCUCGGAUUCUUGCUUCACUUGUCUGAUCAAGCUGUUCAUAUCUUGGAGAGCUGCAUGGAUGUUAGGAGCUUUCGAGGUCAGGUUCAUGCAGCAAAGUCCUUCACAUUCCUGGCACUUGUGUCCAUGCAGCAGGAGGAGGAAGUCUAUGGCUGCAUGAUUUUGGAGUGUGGCUUGCCUGGUAAUUUCCUUGUCUUCUAGGAGGGAGCUGAUGGCAGUGGAUGUUAGGUUUGCCUGUUUGGCUGCCCAGCAUUCUAGGUGACGCAAUUCACCUAGAGCUUUGGCUGCUGCGUCCCGUGGAAGGAACAGGGAUACAGCCACUCUUUUUGACUUGGCCCAAUGAAAAAUUUCAGAAUCAUAAUUUGGGUCCAGAUUGUCGGCACUCUUCUUUUGGACUUUACUGGCCAAUUUGUUUUUGAGAGUCCACCUGCUAAUCAAGGUUUCAUUGGGUGCCAACAGGGACAACUGCCUGAAGGUGCAUGGCCCUCCUAAUAGUUGAGAGGGAAUCCCUGCCUAUGCCCGAUCUCCACAAAUCAAAAACAAUCCUUUAGGAAGGCUCUUGGGUCUUGAAUGAGAUGGGUUGUGUGCUGCAACAUGGCUCAGAAUAUGACACCACUUUUUGGCAGUGAAUUCCUCACAAUAUUGCAGCAUGCUGUGGAACUCUUUGGUGCUAGAAGAUUUUGGGAGGACCAUAAAAUGAAUGCAGUAUUGUGCUGGGAAGGAACCCCAUAGCUCUAAUUCUUGGGGUUCCUGAGCUGCUUUAGGCAAAUUUGGCAGCCACUCCUCUAUGGGGCUGUUAACCAUUACAGCUUGCUGCUGACGAGUUUUUUUAUGGUUGGAUGCUGUGUGACUCGGGAAGUUCAUUGGGCAUAUGUGUACCAAAGCUGGCUGGAUAUUCUCCAGCCUGUAAGGGAACUUCUACCAGGCAGGUGGACACAGGGUUUUCUGCUGCUGCAGUGGACAGGCAUAUGUUCCUGUUGGAGUGUCUGUGCCAGGGUCACCCAGACAUUUUGAUGUGGCUGAGGGAUGAUCCAGGCAGCUGCCAGACUGUUACAAGACAACUUGGAUAGGGUUCAUCACGGGGUUGAGAGGGAGGUAGAUUUUCUCUAAAAGGAAAAAUAAACAUUUUUAAAGCA